AUGCCGUCCACCGGAGUAGCCCCUGCUGCUACCCCCCAAAUCCGUCCCUCGCGCUUCUUCGCCAACGCGGCCACCACUGGCGCUGACCUAUACACCUCGCUUCCACACAAUGUCUGGGUCCAACGCUUCGUUCUACUCUUGCAGACUUUCGCUGUUCCUUUUGCUUAUUACUUUCGCCCGCUCUGCACUGCUUUAGCUUUGUUCUGGCUUGUCUAUCGUGCAACCCAAGUCCUACAUAAGCCCCUCAACGAACUCUCCAAUCUUCUCGGCUUCGAACUCCCUGCCACGCCUCGGAUAGACCUUGCUGGCAUCAAGUCCGACGGCGCCGUCAUUCACUGGACCCUACCAGAAAAGCCGCGUCAGAAGAAGGAGCACAAGUAUACCGUCCACCUCAAUGGCGCGGCAAUUGGCUCAGUCUCGAUCUAUGAGUCUGCGAUUACCAUCACUGGCCUACAGCCGGGCACCUUCUACAUUGUACGGGUCGCGUUGGUGAACAACCAGGAGUUCGGGUCCAAGAGCCUACCUAUCCGUUUCUGCACCAAGCCCGCUGCUUCUGGAGAUUACUUUAUCGUGCAGCAAGAUGGCCAUGAAACGGAUGCGGACGGAUUGCAAGAGGCCGUUCCACGCAUCCGGCCUUAUCGUGGUCUCAAGGACAUUGCACCUGCCUCCCCAGUCUCGGCUCCCAUGGCCAGAGAAGGCAGCAGUGGCCUAGCUCCACGAAGAGUCAGUGGCAGACGGCCUUCACCAACAAACCUGGGACUUGGCGAAAAGCAUGACCCUCAGCCGGACGACAGCGAGGCACCCGAGGGCGCUGAGACCAUCCAGCAGCUUACUGAGAAGUUGGAUGCGCUUCGCCGGGAGAACGACGAAGCUGAGCGGGCGGCCAAGGAUGAAGAGGAGGAAGAGUUGAAGCAGAAGGAGGACCUGAUCAAAGAGCGCGAUGAGCUGAGGGCUGAGGUGAAUGAAAAGGAAAAGGCCAGUCGCAACUUGAAGCGCGAAGUCAAUACCUUGGAGCGUCAGAACACCGCUGCGCAGAAUGAGCGUGCGAAGCAAGAGCGGCUGUUGCAGCAGAAGGUGCAGGAACGGCAGAAGCUCAAGGAUGACAUGACUCGCUGGGAACGCGAGACUGAAGCCAUGAAGGAGGAAACCGAACGCACUCGCCAAGACAAAGAACUGUACCUUCAGCAGAUGGCGCAGGAAAAGGAGGCAUUGCGCGUCAAAUUGGCAGAAGAGGCUGCCCACGUACGUGUGCUGGACGACGAGGUCAAGGAGAAGACGAGCGAGAUCAAGAAGCUGGAGCGCGCUUUGAAGAACAGCUCGCCGGAUGGCUCAGGUCCAGAGCCAAAUCUGGUCCAGCAGUUGCAAAACGAUGCGGAGGAUGAGCGACGAUGGCUGAAUCAUAGGAAUGAUCUGCAACAACAAUAUGCCAUGACUUUCGGCAAAGUGCAGGCAGCCAAGCGCUUCCACGACGAGCAAAUGCGCUACCUCGACUCCUUGAAAGCAGAGCGACGGAGACAGGAAGACAAUGCCGCGCCGACCGCCCACUAUGUUUCCCCUGCGCAAGAAAGAUUGCCACGGCGGGGCGACAGCCAGCGCAGUCGGCAUGCAGCCAGUCGACACAGCGCUUCUGAUAGUCCUAGGCUGGCUACUUUCGGUCCUGUCACCCAGAGUCCAUUCGCGAACAACAUCCAUCCGGUUGCGUCUGGCUUCAACUCUGCCCCAUUCUUAAACAUCCACAAUGGCAUGACACUACCGAACCCUACUGAGGAAGUCUCACUAAGCGAGGAGGAGAGGGAGAAGCUGACAGGAGGCGCGAUGAUGAGUCCUGGAGCUGGUGCGAACCUCCUGCCCGCAGACUUGUUUUCUGGAGACGGCGACAACAGACAAGAGCUUGUCAGACCUCUACCUGGUUUGGGUUCUUUGCCGGGCUUACCUGGGCUACCAGGUCCACCGACGACACAAGCAGCACAGGACUAUCCUGGUGCCGGCCCUGCGUCUCCAGGCUCCGCAAGCAGUAGAUCGCCGAGCGUCUUCGCAAGCCCCCAAGCUAGCCAGCACAACCUCCACAUCAGCUCGCCGGAAGGACUCAUGGACGCCGAUAGACGCUCGAUCCGCUCUACGCGCUCCAAUCGCGCCACUAGCGGUGGUACCAGCAGUCGUUUCAGUGAGAUGUUUGGCAUCAAGCAACGAAAUAAGAACCUCGAAAACGGACCACCACUGAGCAAGUCGAGUUCUAUGCCUCGACAGGACCAAGGAAUAUCGGGUCUGGAUGCUGCUACUCGUAAGAGGACUAGUAGCAUUUCUGGAACUGUAUUUCAAAGCCCCGGAGAUGGACCCGAUGGUACCAAUGAGUCGCCGUCAGCCGCGCCACUCGGACGUCGAGCGUUCGGGUUCUUCAGCAAAGAUAAGAGUGGCGGCUGGCCUUCUAGCUUCGCGCCCUUUGGUCGUAGACCGACUUCUCCUCGUCCUGGCUCCACUCACUCCAAUGAGCUUCCGCGCCCAUCCAUGGACAGUAGUCGCUGGGGCGUCGAUGCAUGGCCCUCAGGUGAUGCCACUGGCGGGGCGCGCAACAGCCCACUCGCCUUCGGUCAAGGCUGGCCUCCGCCCACUUCCGCCCAACCUCGCAUGUACGGCUCUCGUCACCCGUCUAGAAGACCGUCAGUGCAGUACGGCGCUUCCGGCCCACCAGAAGACAUCAUGGAAGACGACGACUCCGACGCUUUAGACGCAGACCACGCGCCCCAUCUCGCCCCCAUCGGCACCAAACCACCACCCGGCUCCAAGAAAUCCGCCGAUGCCAGCGCAGCAGGCGGCAAACUCAACCCAAACGCCAAAAACUUUACCUCCUUCUUCCGCUUCGGCACCAAAACCUCCUCCUCCUCCAAAGACGCCCUCGACGCCACCACACCCAUCGGCAGCCCCGCCAUGGUCGGCGCCGAAGACGACGACUCCCCACCCGCCUCGCGCAAAUCCCGCGACACGCGUAGCAUGACCACCACCGAGUCCUCUGUGCUGGAAUCCGGACGCACGUCGUCAGAUCUCGCGCGUACACCAUCUUACAGCAACCAGAGCGACGGCACGUACCCGUCCCCCUCCCUCGCCGGCUCGUCAAAGGAGACUUUCAUGCAGAAGAUCUCGCGCAAGAGUUCGUCGGGCAAAUUCGCGCUGCCGACUUUCAAGCGCGAGAGGUCGCGGAUGGAGAAUGUGGCGACGAGUGCGCCGCGGGAGGGGUUGGGUGAGGAUGGGGAUGAGGAGGGGGGGGACUUGAGUGCGAGCGUUAGUAGUUUGAGGGAGAGUAAGGAGAUGGGAAGAGGUGGUGGCGGUGGGGGGAGGAGCUGGAGUAGCGUGUUGAAGUUGGGGAAGGGGAAGAAGGGGGAUGCGAGUCAGGGGGUGGAGGGGGAGGGGGAUGAGGAGACGGAGGAGGAGUGA